AUGCAACCUGACCAGGUGCGGUACCCAAACUCGAAACUUGCCAACACAAUCUUCUCGUGCGCGCUUGCCAGCCGGGCCACCGCUUCGGGCAAGCAGUGGGCUGUCAACAUUUUUGAUCCGGGGUGGCAGGGAGUUACGACAUCGACCACGCUCCUGUCGGGCCAGGGACUUGCUGAGCUGGUCACCGACCCCAAGUACGCCAACGAGACUGGCAAGAUGAUCCGUAUCCAGACGGAGAUCCAGCCCAGCAAGCAGGCCAUAGACCCCGAUGUCCAGGACGAUCUUUGGAACUGGACUGUCAAGUUCCUCAAGCUGUCUCCCAAGCAGGCGGAUGUUUAA